UCUUACUCUGCUGUACACACCUUUUGCAAUAUUACCGCACCAAAUCAAUAUUUAUAUAUGCUAACAACUCAACAAGGGCUAGGCUGAAAAAUCAUUAGCAACCAAGAAAUGGAUGGAGGAUAUGAAGAGCUUGAUCGGCCUUUAUUUGGAGUGAGCACAAGAAGGGGACGUCUGUGCAAUCUCAUAGUGGGAACCAUAACGAGCGUGUUAGUUGCAGGAACUGUGAUAAUGUCAGUCAUAUCUCUAACCUCUAGGAACUGCGAGCUUGGAGCAAACAAUAUACUAUUUGGGGUCUGCAUUGUAGUUGUAUGCAUCUCGUUGCUGAUACUAAUAUAUUGGUAUAGGGAAGGAGAUGUCGAUCCAAAGUUCAAGAAGUUGAUUUAUUUUAACUCUGCUUCUGUUGUGAUGCUCUGUAUCUGCGCAAACAGCUAUUUCUUUAGCUGCCAUAAACUCAACAGUAUUGGAAAUAACACAGUCACAUGAUUUGAUGUGUAGAGCUUUC